CGCUCCUUCUUCUUCACGGCGACGUGAGCUUUGUGAUGAUGAUGAAUGAAAAUGGUUCGAAGAGGUGUGGAAGACGUUGGAGUUCACGAUUUAGGGAAGGUGAAGAACCGCCAAGGAAAAAACAUGAUUUGUGCGAGAUGAUGGGGACACUGAAUCGCUUUUGCAUCGCUUUUGCAUCGCGGCAGAGGUGCAGUUGCGCGAGAAGGACUCUGAUUUCCCCUACUUUAAGGUGGUUCACGGACAAUACAGAACCUACGAAAGCGUUUCCAUCUCAAUUUAACCGAAGAGCAACAUGGAUGUGUGGCGGACUAGGCAGUAUGAUUAUAAUCAGAGGGUUUUGAAUGGGAUUUUGUGAAAUAGAUUGUCAAUAAUGAUCGUUUGCUUGUUCCCUUUUGACUAAAGCUCGCCCGAUGAUUGUUCAUAAAAUAGUAUUUGAUUUUAUAAGUCAUUGGAGGAUGGUUGGUUCACUGUAGUAUGGCUUAUAGAGUUUUCCGAGAAGAAUUAAUAGGUGGCAGAGUGCAGCCUCUAUUCUCCUUGUGAGGGUGGGAGGAAGAUUCUGAUGCAAAAAUAGUGAAUGCAUUCACGGCGGCUUGUGGCAUUGACGCCUUCACCGUCGGAGAAUCGGAGGUGUGGUGAAGAUGCAAAAUUUCUUAAUUUUGGGGUUUUACGGUGAUACAAAGAGGAGCGGUGGUGAACAGAUGAACGAUUUAGGAUUCACCUUUUUGGGAUUUUACGGUGCUGAAUGACAAAGAGAGGCUGAUCAUGGCGGAUGAAGUUAAUGCAGCAUGAGAUGCUUUGUUGGUGAAGAGGAAUGAAACUUCUAGGGUUUUUUUGAAUGCUCUUUCAUCUUUUUAUAUUUUUUUAAUUUACUAUUUCAUGUGAUAAUUUAAUUAUUUCCAUGUAAUAAAAUAUUCAUAUAAGUAUAUUUAUUCUCAUCAUCACUUAA